AUGACUGACUGUGUCGACUAUUGGAAGGAGCCCGAAUUCCGGCCGGAGGACAUCAAAGAGCCGGUUUUCGCGGAGUCGGAGUUUCGCGUAAUGUUUCCCGAUUACCGCGCACCGUACUUGAAACAAAUUUGGCCGAAGCUCACAGACUUUCUGCGCAGCAAGGCGCUGGACUGCGUGCUCGACUUGGUUGCGAAGACGAUGAUCGUCAAAACGACGCCUGCACUAAAAGAUCCGGUUGCAAUCGUCAAUGCGCGCGACCUGCUGCGCCUGCUCGCGCGCAGCGUGCCGUUUCACACGGCCAAAAACGUGUUUGACGACGAGGUGCACUGCGACAUUAUCAAGCUCAGCAGCUUCGUAUCCAACAACGACAAGCUAGCGCGCCGCCGGCAACGGCUCAUCGGACCCGACGCGUCUACGCUGAAGGCAAUCGAGCUGUUGACCCAGUGCCAGCUAUUUAUAGCCGGGCAAACCGCUUGCGUGGUUGGCCCCUGGAAGGGCUUGAAAAAAUGCAAUAAACUGAUCACGGACUGUAUGAAGAAUAUCCACCCUGUGUACAGCCUGAAACAGUUAAUGGUCGAGCGUGCGCUCGCGCAGAAUCCGGCGAUGGCCAAUAAAGACUGGACGCCUUACUUGCCAAAGUACAAGCGAACUCUGCAGAAGCGUCGCAAAGUUGUCAAAAAAUGA